AGCGAGAAUUGGCUUGAACAGUCUUAUGUUAGUGGAGUUCGGUGAUUAAAUUACAAAAUGUAUCAGAAAGUGCCCGCGUUUACAGAAUUAAACGAACUUGCCAGCAGCAGCACUGGUGGUAAAAUUCUCUUUGCCACAGAUGAUUUUUUUGCAACAUGCGAAAACAUAAUAUCUGAUAAAAACCCAGUCAACUUAACUGAAGAAUUUACAGAGUUUGGGAAGUGGAUGGAUGGAUGGGAGACGAGACGGAAGAGGUCACCAGGUCAUGACUGGUGUAUAUUGAAGCUCGCAUCCAAAUGCACUAUUGCAGGAUUCUUGGUAGAUACGGCAUUCUUCACUGGCAACUUCGCUCCCAAAUAUUCAAUUCAAGCAGCCCGCCUGACGCCUGAUGAAGAAGCAUUAAUACCGAAGAGAAUUUCACGGAUGGGUACUGCGGCGAGCGAGUCCGACUUAGAACUAAUGAGUCUGCUUAGUACAGACAAAUGGGAGGAAAUCGUCCCAAUAACUGUGCUGCAGCCGGGCUAUGAGGAUACUAGGAUGAACUUUCAAAAGGUGGUCAGCGAUGAGCCCUGGACACAUUUAAGACUUAAUAUAUAUCCCGAUGGAGGCAUCGCCAGGCUCCGUGUAUUUGGUGAAGUAAAGCCGGACAUACCACAAAGAGACCAACUUGUUGACUUAGCAUCUAUGCUGAACGGUGCUUUGUCUGUUGACUUUUCAAAUGCUCACUUUGGACAUCCGAAAAAUACAUUGAAAUUUGGAAAAAGUGCAAUAAUGGCGGAUGGUUGGGAGACAGCAAGGCGGCUUGAUAGACCUUGCAUUAUUAAAAGAAAUAAAGAUGGAACACUUCAAAUACCAGGGGAAGAAUGGGCAAUCUUCAAGCUAGGAUUUCCCGGUAGAGCCAAAGAGAUUUGUAUAGACACGACCCAGUUCAAAGGAAAUUUUCCAGACACAGUGAAAAUUGAGGGCACUUUUCUGAAAAAUGAGUACACAAGUGCAGCGGACAUUGAUUGGGAAAUUAUUAUUGAACCAUAUAAGCUCUCAGCGAAUAAAGAACAUUGGAUUAGCUGCCAUUCCGAAGUCAUCAAUCACAUUCGCGUCACUAUGGCACCCGAUGGUGGGUUCAGUCGUCUCCGUCUUUACGGUUAUGUUGAAACUGACUUUAUUGAAAAGAUGUGUUAAAGAGGAACUAAAUUUGAAAUGAUAAUUUACUGACAUUUCAAAUGUCAUACUAAUAUUGACUUUUUUAAGUUUCACCAUUAAUAUUUUGAAAAUCUAUUUAUUUUUGUAGUUUUCGUACACUUAUUAAUUAAUAAUUUGUUAUUUUAAAAUGAGUAUUAAUUAUCCUUCUAUGGAGGAGGCCUAUGUCCAACGGACAAACCGAAACUUGACAAGCAAUUGAUUAUUCCUAAAUCUUAAAGUGUAUUUUUCAAUUCAAAAUCAAUGAAACUUCUAAUCAAUUAUAAUUAAGUUUUGGAAGACUAUAUUAUUAUUAGUUGUCCUCCUGGUGAGGCAUCGAAAAUUGUUACAAUGUUUUAAUAUGUGUUUAGUUUUUAUAUAUUUAUAAGGUAUCAAAGUAUUAUUAAUAAUAAAGUUUAAUUGAUGUA